AUGGGCAGUCCUCAAGGAUAUGGGGGCAGAUCACCUGGUAGUAGCAGUGAGAGCAGCAGCGAAAGCGGUAAAAGUGAUGGUGGCAGUGAUAAUGGGGAUGAGAUAAGUGGUAGUGAGGGUGGAAGCAGUGUUGGUAGCGAUAGUGGGGGUGAUGGUAAGAGCAAAAGCAGUGGCAGCGAGGGUGGCAGCUUUGGGGAUGAUGGUGGGGAUGAUGGUGGGGAUGAUGGCCCAAGCAGUCCUGCUGGCAGCAUGGUGCUGCAUUCCGAUGGUGAUGAGGAUGGGGAGGAUGGAGUGGAAGAGGGUGGGGAGGAAGGUGGAGAGGAAUGUGGGGAGGAAGGUGGAGAGGAAUGUGGGGAGGAAGGUGGAGAGGAAUGUGGGGAGGAAGGUGGGGAGGAAUGUGGGGAGGAAGGUGGGGAGGAAUGUGGGGAGGAAGGUGGGGAGGAAUGUGGGGAGGAAGGUGGAGAGGAGGGUGCGGAGGAGGAGGCUGAAGAAACUAGACAGGUAAGGUGUGGAGAGGAUAGCAGAAGUGAGGGAAGAGAGGAGGUACAGGGAGAGGAGGGAAAAGGAGAGCAGGGAGGAGGAGGGGAGGGUGCCGUAACUCCGCUCACCAAUGCUCCCACCGCCUCCGUUGGUUCCUCAAUCUCUCAACCUCCGACCCAGUCCAUCAACCCAACACCCCAAGUGCGCCUCCUCUCUCGCCCGGCCACUGCUGUGACUCGCCAGCCCAGCGCUGCUCGCAGCUUCCUGCAGGAGCUGAGUGCCAGCAAACCCGAGGGGGUGUGUAUGGCUGCUGAUGCGUCUCGAAAUCCCUCGCCCUCUCGCCCGGCCACUGCUGUGACUCGCCAGCCCAGCGCUGCGCGCAGCUUCCUGCAGGAGCUGAGUGCCAGCCGGCCACAGGGAGUGGGCAUGGGGGCCAACAGAGGGGGAGGGCACGGGAACGGCGCGAAUGCUGUGAAUUUGGCUGCAUAUGCAAAUGGCAUGGAGAGAAGGGGAGAUGGUGCUGUGAACAGUGAACCUCCAGAGGGCGGUCAUUACAGAGGCGGCAGGCGGCGUUCCUUGUCUCCAUUGGGACCGCAGCCGUCCGCUGGUAUCCCAGAUCCCAACGCAGUGGCGGAUUUCAGGCCUGCUGCUGGCGUGCACUGGCAGCAGCAGCAGCAGCAGCAGCACUCUCGAGGGCACCUGGUACGAGCUCACAGCACUGCGGCGCCUCUUGGGAGCAGGGCAGCAGCAGCAAGUGCUGCUGAAGUGUACAGGCAGGAGCACCACUGUCCAUCUCAGCUAGUCCGCACUCACAGCACUGCUGCACCUCAUGCCAGCAGCGCAGAAGCAGCAAGUGCAGCAGCAGAAGCAGCAAGGGCUGCUGGGAUGCCUUCCGAGCACGUUCCUCGGGUGCCGUUUCUUCCCCACAUGCGCCCAGCACCACUUCGUAGUGCCAGUAUGAGCUUGAUGGUGACUGCUGGAGGGAGCAUGGGUGUGUUGAUGCAUGGCAUGAAUGGUAGUGGGGACAUAGGUGGUGGUGCAGGCAUGGGUGGUGCUGCAGGCAUGGGUGGUGCUGCAGGCAUGGGUGGUGCUGCAGGCAUGGGUGGUGCUGCAGGCAUGGGAAGCAGAGGGGGUGGUGGACGGAAGGGGCCCAUGCGCUCUGCACACAUGGACAGGAUGGGUAUGAGGCGGUGUGGCAGCUUGAACAUGUCCGCUGACUUGGACGCACCUUAUUGGACUCGUCACGCUGAUGACAUGGACAGGUUCCAUGAAGAUUUGCACACUGACGUGGAUGGAUCGUGGGGUGGAGGUGCGGACGAUGGAUGGGGGGGUGGUGCUGAGUCAGCAGCGUGGAACCACGGGCUGGCUUAUGUCAGCAUGCCACAUCGGCCGUACUCCUCUGGGGGUCCUCCUAUGGGUGUAGCUAGAAGGGGCCACAUGGGGCACGUGGGAGCUGCGCCGAUGAAUAUGGGGGGAUCUGAUGUGGCCUUUGGAGGGUAUGCCAUGGCCAUGGGUGGUGGAGUGAAUCCGCAUGGGAGGGACAUGGGCAGGGGUAUGGUUAAGGUGGGCCUUCACAGGCACAUGAGCAUGAGCAUGGCCCCACAAGUAUCACAGUAUGCAAGUGGGAUGUGUGGUUCUUGUAAAGAUGAGGAUGAGGAUUUGGCUCGUUUUGCCGCGAUGGCGUCCGCCAUGCCCAAGUCGCUCUCCGCGCGACGCGUGUGGUUCGACCAGUUCGUCUCGCCGGGUCGAGUGCUCACCGCGUCCGUUCUCGGACGACCAACAGAACCUGUUAUCGUUGAUUUCGUUCCUUCGUACGCUCCUCCGAACAAUUCCUCUCAUCCUCCCUCCACGUUCUCCGCGCCGCACUCCCCCCCAUCCGUUCAUUCUUCUCACUCUCGUUAUUACGUUUCGCAUUUCCUCCUUCCCUCCAAAUCCCACUGCAGGAAAACUCGAAUCGUUGUACAAAAUCGGCGGGAAGCUAGGCCAGGGCCAGUUCGGCGUCACAUAUCUAUGCACGGAGCUGGCGACGGGCAAAGAGUACGCGUGCAAGAAAAAGCUAAUCACUGCAGAGACGUGAAACGGGAGGUGGCGAUCCUGCAACCACCUGGCGGGUCGCCCGCUCAUUUUUCUCGCUCUCCUCAUUCAUUACGUUUCCUCUUUCCUUAUUCUCAAUCCACUUCAGAAAAACUCGAAUCGCUGUACAAAAUUGGAGGGAAGCUAGGUCAGGGCCAGUUCGGCGUGACGUAUCUAUGCACGGAGCUGGCGACGGGCAAAGAGUACGCGUGCAAGACGAUCGCGAAGAAGAAACUGAUCACCGCGGAGGACGUGGCGGAUGUGAAACGCGAGGUGGCGAUCAUGCAUCAUCUGGCGGGGCACAAGAACAUCGUGUGUAUCAAGGGCGCGUACGAAGACGCGUACGCCGUUCAUAUCGUCAUGGAGUUGUGCUCCGGUGGGGAGCUGUUCGACCGGAUCAUCAAGCGGGGGUACUUCAGUGAGCGGCAGGCGGCCACAUCGAUUCGCACGAUAGCGCGGAUAGUGGAGACGUGCCACUCGCUGGGCGUCGUGCACCGCGACUUAAAGCCCGAGAACUUCCUCCUCGCAGACAGGACGGAGAACGCCGACCUCAAGGCCACAGACUUUGGCCUUUCCACUUUCUUCAAACCAGGAGAAUUCCUAUCAGACGUGGUGGGCAGCCCAUACUACGUGGCACCGGAGGUGUUGAGGCGGCGUUACAGCAAGGAGGCGGACAUAUGGAGCAUGGGCGUCAUUCUUUACAUCCUCUUGUCAGGGGUGCCGCCCUUCUGGGCUGACACAGAGCAGGGCAUAUUCGAGGCAGUGCUGAGGGGCAACAUCAACUUCGCUGUGCAGCCGUGGCCGUCCAUCAGUGAGGACGCAAAGGACCUCAUCCGCCGCAUGUGCUGCCUCGACCCCGCCCGCCGCCUCACUGCCUACCAAGUGCUCUUGUCGGGCCCCUCAUUCCCUUCUCCUUCUCAGUGUCGGGCCCCUCAUUCCCUUCUCCUUCUCAGUGUCGGGCCCCUCAUUCCCUUCUCCUUCUCAGUGUCGGGCCCCUCAUUCCCUUCUCCUUCUCAGUGUCGGGCCCCUCAUUCCCUUCUCCUUCUCAGUGUCGGGCCCCUCAUUCCCUUCUCCUUCUCAGUGUCGGGCCCCUCAUUCCCUUCUCCUUCUCAGUGUCGGGCCCCUCAUUCCCUUCUCCUUCUCAGUGUCGGGCCCCUCAUUCCCUUCUCCUUCUCAGUGUCGGGCCCCUCAUUCCCUUCUCCUUCUCAGUGUCGGGCCCCUCAUUCCCUUCUCCUUCUCAGUGUCGGGCCCCUCAUUCCCUUCUCCUUCUCAGUGUCGGGCCCCUCAUUCCCUUCUCCUUCUCAGUGUCGGGCCCCUCAUUCCCUUCUCCUUCUCAGUGUCGGGCCCCUCAUUCCCUUCUCCUUCUCAGUGUCGGGCCCCUCAUUCCCUUCUCCUUCUCAGUGUCGGGCCCCUCAUUCCCUUCUCCUUCUCAGUGCCGGGCCCCUCAUUCCCUUCUCCUUCUCAGUGUCGGGCCCCUCAUUCCCUUCUCCUUCUCAGUGUCGGGCCCCUCAUUCCCUUCUCCUUCUCAGUGUCGGGCCCCUCAUUCCCUUCUCCUUCUCAGUGUCGGGCCCCUCAUUCCCUUCUCCUUCUCAGUGUCGGGCCCCUCAUUCCCUUCUCCUUCUCAGUGUCGGGCCCCUCAUUCCCUUCUCCUUCUCAGUGUCGGGCCCCUCAUUCCCUUCUCCUUCUCAGUGUCGGGCCCCUCAUUCCCUUCUCCUUCUCAGUGUCGGGCCCCUCAUUCCCUUCUCCUUCUCAGUGUCGGGCCCCUCAUUCCCUUCUCCUUCUCAGUGUCGGGCCCCUCAUUCCCUUCUCCUUCUCAGUGUCGGGCCCCUCAUUCCCUUCUCCUUCUCAGUGUCGGGCCCCUCAUUCCCUUCUCCUUCUCAGUGUCGGGCCCCUCAUUCCCUUCUCCUUCUCAGUGUCGGGCCCCUCAUUCCCUUCUCCUUCUCAGUGUCGGGCCCCUCAUUCCCUUCUCCUUCUCAGUGUCGGGCCCCUCAUUCCCUUCUCCUUCUCAGUGUCGGGCCCCUCAUUCCCUUCUCCUUCUCAGUGUCGGGCCCCUCAUUCCCUUCUCCUUCUCAGUGUCGGGCCCCUCAUUCCCUUCUCCUUCUCAGUGUCGGGCCCCUCAUUCCCUUCUCCUUCUCAGUGUCGGGCCCCUCAUUCCCUUCUCCUUCUCAGUGUCGGGCCCCUCAUUCCCUUCUCCUUCUCAGUGUCGGGCCCCUCAUUCCCUUCUCCUUCUCAGUGUCGGGCCCCUCAUUCCCUUCUCCUUCUCAGUGUCGGGCCCCUCAUUCCCUUCUCCUUCUCAGUGUCGGGCCCCUCAUUCCCUUCUCCUUCUCAGUGUCGGGCCCCUCAUUCCCUUCUCCUUCUCAGUGUCGGGCCCCUCAUUCCCUUCUCCUUCUCAGUGUCGGGCCCCUCAUUCCCUUCUCCUUCUCAGUGUCGGGCCCCUCAUUCCCUUCUCCUUCUCAGUGUCGGGCCCCUCAUUCCCUUCUCCUUCUCAGUGUCGGGCCCCUCAUUCCCUUCUCCUUCUCAGUGUCGGGCCCCUCAUUCCCUUCUCCUUCUCAGUGUCGGGCCCCUCAUUCCCUUCUCCUUCUCAGUGUCGGGCCCCUCAUUCCCUUCUCCUUCUCAGUGUCGGGCCCCUCAUUCCCUUCUCCUUCUCAGUGUCGGGCCCCUCAUUCCCUUCUCCUUCUCAGUGUCGGGCCCCUCAUUCCCUUCUCCUUCUCAGUGUCGGGCCCCUCAUUCCCUUCUCCUUCUCAGUGUCGGGCCCCUCAUUCCCUUCUCCUUCUCAGUGUCGGGCCCCUCAUUCCCUUCUCCUUCUCAGUGUCGGGCCCCUCAUUCCCUUCUCCUUCUCAGUGUCGGGCCCCUCAUUCCCUUCUCCUUCUCAGUGUCGGGCCCCUCAUUCCCUUCUCCUUCUCAGUGUCGGGCCCCUCAUUCCCUUCUCCUUCUCAGUGUCGGGCCCCUCAUUCCCUUCUCCUUCUCAGUGUCGGGCCCCUCAUUCCCUUCUCCUUCUCAGUGUCGGGCCCCUCAUUCCCUUCUCCUUCUCAGUGUCGGGCCCCUCAUUCCCUUCUCCUUCUCAGUGUCGGGCCCCUCAUUCCCUUCUCCUUCUCAGUGUCGGGCCCCUCAUUCCCUUCUCCUUCUCAGUGUCGGGCCCCUCAUUCCCUUCUCCUUCUCAGUGUCGGGCCCCUCAUUCCCUUCUCCUUCUCAGUGUCGGGCCCCUCAUUCCCUUCUCCUUCUCAGUGUCGGGCCCCUCAUUCCCUUCUCCUUCUCAGUGUCGGGCCCCUCAUUCCCUUCUCCUUCUCAGUGUCGGGCCCCUCAUUCCCUUCUCCUUCUCAGUGUCGGGCCCCUCAUUCCCUUCUCCUUCUCAGUGUCGGGCCCCUCAUUCCCUUCUCCUUCUCAGUGUCGGGCCCCUCAUUCCCUUCUCCUUCUCAGUGCCGGGCCCCUCAUUCCCUUCUCCUUCUCAGUGUCGGGCCCCUCAUUCCCUUCUCCUUCUCAGUGUCGGGCCCCUCAUUCCCUUCUCCUUCUCAGUGUCGGGCCCCUCAUUCCCUUCUCCUUCUCAGUGUCGGGCCCCUCAUUCCCUUCUCCUUCUCAGUGUCGGGCCCCUCAUUCCCUUCUCCUUCUCAGUGUCGGGCCCCUCAUUCCCUUCUCCUUCUCAGUGUCGGGCCCCUCAUUCCCUUCUCCUUCUCAGUGUCGGGCCCCUCAUUCCCUUCUCCUUCUCAGUGUCGGGCCCCUCAUUCCCUUCUCCUUCUCAGUGUCGGGCCCCUCAUUCCCUUCUCCUUCUCAGUGUCGGGCCCCUCAUUCCCUUCUCCUUCUCAGUGUCGGGCCCCUCAUUCCCUUCUCCUUCUCAGUGUCGGGCCCCUCAUUCCCUUCUCCUUCUCAGUGUCGGGCCCCUCAUUCCCUUCUCCUUCUCAGUGUCGGGCCCCUCAUUCCCUUCUCCUUCUCAGUGUCGGGCCCCUCAUUCCCUUCUCCUUCUCAGUGUCGGGCCCCUCAUUCCCUUCUCCUUCUCAGUGUCGGGCCCCUCAUUCCCUUCUCCUUCUCAGUGUCGGGCCCCUCAUUCCCUUCUCCUUCUCAGUGUCGGGCCCCUCAUUCCCUUCUCCUUCUCAGUGUCGGGCCCCUCAUUCCCUUCUCCUUCUCAGUGUCGGGCCCCUCAUUCCCUUCUCCUUCUCAGUGUCGGGCCCCUCAUUCCCUUCUCCUUCUCAGUGUCGGGCCCCUCAUUCCCUUCUCCUUCUCAGUGUCGGGCCCCUCAUUCCCUUCUCCUUCUCAGUGUCGGGCCCCUCAUUCCCUUCUCCUUCUCAGUGUCGGGCCCCUCAUUCCCUUCUCCUUCUCAGUGUCGGGCCCCUCAUUCCCUUCUCCUUCUCAGUGUCGGGCCCCUCAUUCCCUUCUCCUUCUCAGUGUCGGGCCCCUCAUUCCCUUCUCCUUCUCAGUGUCGGGCCCCUCAUUCCCUUCUCCUUCUCAGUGUCGGGCCCCUCAUUCCCUUCUCCUUCUCAGUGUCGGGCCCCUCAUUCCCUUCUCCUUCUCAGUGUCGGGCCCCUCAUUCCCUUCUCCUUCUCAGUGUCGGGCCCCUCAUUCCCUUCUCCUUCUCAGUGUCGGGCCCCUCAUUCCCUUCUCCUUCUCAGUGUCGGGCCCCUCAUUCCCUUCUCCUUCUCAGUGUCGGGCCCCUCAUUCCCUUCUCCUUCUCAGUGUCGGGCCCCUCAUUCCCUUCUCCUUCUCAGUGUCGGGCCCCUCAUUCCCUUCUCCUUCUCAGUGUCGGGCCCCUCAUUCCCUUCUCCUUCUCAGUGUCGGGCCCCUCAUUCCCUUCUCCUUCUCAGUGUCGGGCCCCUCAUUCCCUUCUCCUUCUCAGUGUCGGGCCCCUCAUUCCCUUCUCCUUCUCAGUGUCGGGCCCCUCAUUCCCUUCUCCUUCUCAGUGUCGGGCCCCUCAUUCCCUUCUCCUUCUCAGUGUCGGGCCCCUCAUUCCCUUCUCCUUCUCAGUGUCGGGCCCCUCAUUCCCUUCUCCUUCUCAGUGUCGGGCCCCUCAUUCCCUUCUCCUUCUCAGUGUCGGGCCCCUCAUUCCCUUCUCCUUCUCAGUGUCGGGCCCCUCAUUCCCUUCUCCUUCUCAGUGUCGGGCCCCUCAUUCCCUUCUCCUUUUCCCCCUCUUCAGGCCACCCGUGGGUGGCUCAGGAUGGAGUGGCACCGGACCGGCCUCUGGACGCAGGCGUGUUGUCACGCCUCAAGCAAUUUUCCGCCAUGAACAAGCUCAAGAAGAUGGCCCUGCGGGUGAUUGCAGAGUCAUUGUCUGAGGAAGAAAUCUCGGGGCUGAAGCAGACGUUUGAGAUGAUGGACACGGACAGGAGCGGCACCAUCACGUUUGAGGAGCUCAAGGCGGGGCUGCAUCGCAUUGGGGCCAACAUGAAGGACUGCGAGGUGCAGGAGCUCAUGGACGCGGCUGACUUUGACGGCAACGGGAUGAUCGACUAUGGAGAGUUUUUAGCUGCCACGAUGCAUUUGAACAAGAUUGAGCGCGAGGAGACGCUGUUUGCGGCGUUCUCGCACUUUGACAAGGACAGCUCGGGAUUCAUUACAGUGGAUGAGCUGCAGCAUGCUUGUAGGGAGUACAGCAUCGACGAGGACUGCAUUGUUGAAACAAUGCGCGAUGUCGACACUAACAAUGAUGGGCAGAUUGACUACAACGAAUUUGUGACAAUGAUGAGGGCUGGGAAUGGAGGCAUUGGUCGGAAGAGCCUGGGCGGCAGCUGGACGAGUGGGAAGCUACUGAGAGACUUGGUGGAAGCUGCACGGCAGCAGCAACAACAGCAGCAGCAACAACCAGAACCCAUGGUGUCUUAG